AUGUCAAAGUUGUCGAAUCAGGAACCAAGCGCUGUAAUUGAAGGGGAUAUGACAGAGGAAUAUCCAGCUGAGGUUGGUCAGGAUGAUUUUAAUGACGAUGUGAAGCCGAAGAAGACGGUGACCUUCAGUGGGGUAGAAGACCUGGAGUCGGAAGAAGAGAGAAGGCAUAGGGAGUUUAUGGAUGGCGGAGGGUUGCCAGAACAGCCGACAAAUCCGGACUUUACAAAGUUGAAUCCCCUAUCGCCAGAGAUUAUCAAUAGGCAGGCGACUAUCAACAUCGGCACUAUCGGGCACGUCGCCCACGGUAAGUCGACAGUGGUGCGCGCGAUUUCAGGGGUCCAGACGGUUCGUUUCAAGGAUGAGCUGGAGCGUAAUAUUACGAUCAAGCUGGGGUACGCCAAUGCGAAAAUCUACAAGUGUGAAGAGCCAACUUGUCCGGAGCCAGACUGCUACCGCUCUUUUAAGUCUGAUAAAGAGGUGUCGCCACGGUGCGAGCGGCCUGGAUGCACAGGUAGGUACAAACUGGUGCGCCAUGUGUCGUUUGUAGACUGUCCUGGUCACGAUAUCUUGAUGAGCACUAUGUUGUCUGGUGCAGCCGUCAUGGAUGCCGCUCUGCUGCUAAUUGCAGGUAACGAGUCGUGUCCACAACCUCAAACCUCUGAGCACUUAGCGGCUAUUGAGAUUAUGAAGUUGAAACAUGUCAUUAUAUUGCAGAAUAAGGUGGAUUUGAUGCGCGAGGAGUCUGCCAUGGAGCACCAAAAGUCUAUUCUGAAGUUCAUAAGAGGUACCAUUGCAGAUGGUGCCCCCAUUGUUCCUAUUUCCGCCCAGUUGAAGUAUAACAUCGAUGCGGUCAACGAAUUCAUCGUGAAGACUAUUCCAGUCCCUCCAAGAGACUUCUUAGCCUCUCCACGUUUAAUCGUAAUCCGUUCUUUUGAUGUUAAUAAGCCAGGUGCUGAAAUAGAUGAUCUAAAAGGUGGUGUUGCUGGUGGUUCGAUUCUGAACGGUGUCUUCAAGCUAGACGAUGAGAUUGAAAUCAGACCUGGUAUUGUGACCAAGGAUGAGCAAGGCAAAAUUCAAUGCAGACCUAUCUUCUCCAGUAUUGUUUCCCUAUUUGCAGAACACAACGACUUGAAGUUCGCAGUUCCAGGCGGUUUGAUCGGUGUCGGUACCAAGGUCGACCCAACUUUGUGUAGGGCGGACCGUUUGGUUGGCCAAGUUGUUGGCGCUAAAGGUCACUUACCAUCUAUCUACACUGAUAUUGAAAUUAAUUACUUCCUACUGCGCCGCCUGCUAGGUGUGAAGACUGAUGGUCAAAAACAGGCAAAGGUUAGAAAACUAGAACCAAACGAGGUGUUAAUGGUUAAUAUUGGUUCUACUGCUACUGGUGCUCGUGUUGUUGCGGUUAAGGCGGAUAUGGCAAGGCUACAGUUGACGUCUCCAGCUUGUACUGAAAUCAAUGAAAAGAUUGCAUUGUCCAGACGUAUUGAGAAACAUUGGCGUUUGAUCGGUUGGGCUACUAUUAAGAAGGGUACAACUUUGGAACCAAUUGCUUAA